ACGUGCAAGCCCACUGGGCCGUCUCGCUCUCGGCACUCGACGUGCGUAAAUAAACAAUGUGCUUAAAUCUACUCCGAGUUAGUAUUCAUUUUACGACGAUAAUCCGACUAGUACAAGACCACCUAUCACAUUUGGCGACGAAGGGAUAGUUUUUCUUCAGUUUACAGUAGUAACCGGUGCUUUGCACGGUGGAGGCAGGAAGCCGUCAGGUUGGAAAAACCGAAAUUAAGGCAGGAAGCCGUUAGGUUGGAGAAACCGUAACCGAGGCAGGAAGCCGUCAGGGAGAAAAAAAAAACCGAAAUCAAGAUAGGAAGCCGCGAAGUUGGAAAACCGAACCGAGGAGAGUACGAAUGGAUUGAAAUAUACAACAGAAACUGAGUCCUUUGAACAAAAUGGAAAAGUGGGAGAUUCCACAAUUCAAAUUCAGAUCGAUUCCGAACAGUAUUAUCAGAGAUGAGUGGGUGAAAUAUAAGCGGAAUUUCCAGUACAUCGCGGCGGCAAAUGAAGAGAAAAAUGCGACCCGGCUCAAGAAUGUGUUUCUGGCAAAAGCUGGACCAGAUGUCCAGGAAGUUUUCGCUUCGCUUCCGGGGGCUGAUGUGGAGGAGGAUAAAGCCAAGAAUAUUGACCCGUUCAAAGUGGCCAUCGAGAAGCUUGAUGAAUACUUCUCGCCGAAGCAGCACGAGGCGUUUGAGCGGAACACUUUCUGGAACCUGAAACCUCAAGAUGAGGAAACCAUGGAGAAGUUUCUGUGGCGGACGCUAGAAGUAGCUCAGAAGUGUAAUUUCGGCACCACGUUGGAAGAAAGCCGUUCAAUCGCUGUUAUUGACAAAGUGAUCCUGUACGCUCCGGUCGAACUGAAACAACAAUUGCUGCAGAAGGAAAAACUCACGCUGGACGAUGUUACUCGAGUGGUCAGUUCGUACGAAUCUGUGAAAAACAGUCGAUGCUGA